AUGUCGACCCUACGCACUAUCGUGGAGACGGCGCCUGCCAAACUCUCGUCCAUCUCGUCAAGGCCUAAAGAUGCGGCACCAAAAGCUUCCUGGGGACCUUACUUGGAGCUCACACGCUUCAGCAAGCCCGCCGGACUUCUGGGUGUCUACUUCCCCUACUUCAUUGGCUUCCUCUACUCAGUCAAUUUGACCAACCCGAAAGCUCUCUCUCCAGCCGACUGGGCCAGGCUGAGCGCUGUCUUCCUGCUCGACGGCCUCAUCUUACGCAGCUUCGGCUGCGCGUGGAACGACACUGUCGACCAAGACCUCGAUCGACAAGUCGAACGCUGCAAGAAGCGGCCGCUCGCCCGCGGUGCCCUAUCGACACCAGACGCCCUCUUCACGACUCUCGUCCUCGCCAUCUCGCGCCACGUCCUGUUUUACGCUACACUGCCAGCCCGAGCUGGUCAGCAGGCACUCCUCACAACUAUCCUCGCCCUCUUCUACCCCUUCAUGAAGCGCUUCGGCAACUUCCCACAGCUCUGCCUGGGUGCGGGCGUGGGCUGGGCGGUCUUCUUGGUUGACGCUGCCGUCGUUGAUGGACCUCACCCAGCUGCGCCGGUUCCCAUGCUCGAUAUCGAGGAUCGCAGCAAGGCUAUGAUGGCUAUGUGGGCCUGUCAAACCCUCUUCAACAUCACUUAUGAUACGGUUUAUGCCUUCCAAGACAUCAGAGAUGACCUCAACGCCGGUGUGGGCUCGUUGGCUAUUGCCGUGCGUCACUACCCUAAGGUGUUUCUGCUAUCGAUCGCAAGCGCCAUGGCCGGCUUCUUGUGGGCCACCGUGUCGUGGGGCGGUCUCACGCGCGGCCCGUUCCAGGUUGGUGCCGGUGUAUCUUCUUUUGCCGCAUUAUUCAUGUUGGCCCGGCUCGACGUGUGGGAUCCGAAAGCGUGUAGGAACUUCUUCGUGUACAGUCAGUGGUGGGUCAGUGGGGUACUGGUGACUGGUUUGGUGGGUGAGCUGCUGAUGGCAAAGAUGUAA